UGCGAGCGGAUUAAUGGUAGUGAAUGCCAAGCGUGCGAGUGUGGUGGUGUUGUUGGAGAGAGUAUAGAAAAUGGGGCUGUUUGGGGCACAGUUGGUUUUCAGCAUGAUCAUGGCCAGCUUUCUGCAGAAGUUAUCUCAGUACUUCUCGCUCGCACAGACUGUCAUCUGUUACAGACUGGUGAGAUACAUGCACCCGACAGACGAGGAACUGAGAGAGGCAGCCGGUAUCCCACCACCAUCGAGCCGUAGCCGAGGCAAGAAAGAUGCCAGGAAACAGAAUGGUGCUGCGAAGGACAACAGUUUCACCGUGCCCCGGAACAUCCAGUUAAAACUAACGACGGCAGAAGUGACCGACCAAGACGUUGUCCAUCUGCAUUUCUUCACAGAGUACCAGUGGCUGGUUGACUUCUCAUCGUGCGCUGUCAUUGUCUACGUGAUAACAGAGCUGUUCUACUGGAUGACCCCACACAUGGCAGCCGGUGAGGUCAACCUGAGUCUCAUCUGGUCACUCAUGGCUCUACUCUUCAUCUUACGUGUGCUGUGGUCGCUAACGGCGCAGUAUUUCCGCGGUGAGGAUGGCGGUGAGCGGGCGAUGUGCAUCAUGUUUGCAUUCUUCUGCCUUGUGUCAGCGAUGGUCGUACUCGUCAUCAAUGAAGACAUCCUCGAACUAGGACUCGACGAAGCGUAUGCAUUGUUCAGUCAAGGAUCAAAUCUGUUCUUGGCAACUCAGGGGUUGGAAUCCAGUGGACCCGCAUCCAAGAUUUCCAUCAAGGUGAUUCUAGCCCUGUGCUCAGCGCUGGUGGGAGCAUUUCUUAUCUUCCCGGGCAUGAGGCUGGCACAGAUGUACCACAGUGCUCAGAAGUACUGCGCAGAUAACUUCAUUCUGAGAUUAUUACUACAUGUAAAUUUCCUGUCGCCCCUGAUAGUCAUGCUGCUGUGGAUCAAGCCGAUUGGCAGGGAAAUCUUUACUCAGGUUACUUGGGGAAAAUACGGAAUCCUGAUGAGUUCGGACGGCUACGAGUCGUUCCGGCUGUGGGCGGUCGUUGCCAUGGUGACGCUGAGGCUGUGUCUCCUCACCCUGCACCUGCAGGCCUACCUCAACCUUGCUUACGACCGUGUGCAGCUGAUGAGCAAGGAAGCUGGUCGCAUCUCCAGCACUGAGCUGCAGAGAAUGGUCGCGCGAGUAUUUUACUACCUGUGCGUGGUGACGCUACACUACGUCGUGCCAGCAAUACUUAUACUUAAUGUGUUGUUCCUACUCAAAACACUAGGUGAUGGGAGCUGGUGCAGCAGCGCCAUCUGUGAGGACUACUCGCAAACAGAGCAUGAGAGGGCGCCACCGUCUCCGUUCGCCAAGCUUCCCGAUGCCAUCGGCAGUUCGCUGAAGGAUGCCACCGAGCAGUUCCAGGUUGCCAUAGUAACGCUCAAGCAGGUGUUCCCACCGCUGUUCUUCCGCGGCAUACUCUCCUACGCCCUCUGGUGGCUGUGCGGGGUGAACUUUGCGAGCCAGGUGUUCGGCCUCACCUACUACUCAUAUUUUGCUGAACAACAGUAGCACAGCUUUGGCGGGAAUGCUCCCCAGCAACCAGCCAGCUGAUGGGAAGGCGCAGCAACUUAUUCACGAUCGUUUGCUGGAUGGAACUGAAUUACUGGUAGAACUGCCAGGGCAUCGUUGAGUGACGUUUUGCGAACAGACAACCGGCCUGGCGCGACACUGCGUGAUGUGCAAGUAUUGAGAAUGGCGUGUCCUAUUCAUUGUUAUUAUUACUCGGCUGUUAUAGUGCAAUGAUUAUUAUAUCAAGUCGUAGAUCCUACGUUUCGAAGUGGAUUCUAGAUUCGUGUAGGCUUUUUUAAUCCCCACCCCCUUGAUAUACCCGCGCGGCACAUGCAGGAUGCGAAUGUGAAUGUUUUUCUAAUAUUUAUGAAGUUUUAUUAAAAAUAAUUUUUUUCUACAAAGGA